AUGCUCAGUUACAAUCUGCAAAUACUCGGACUGAGUGAAGUAAGACGAAACGGUUUCGGGGAAUUGAGAACGCCCGGGGGCUUGACUUUGCUGUAUUCGGGUAAAGAAAGUGAGGAGGAUCUACGUGAACAUGGUGUUGGGCUCCUACUUUCAAAUGCGGCGAAGAAAAGCCUCAUGGACUGGAAACCGAUCUCGGACCGAAUCGUCUAUGCCCGAUUUACCUCAAGAGCCCGAAACAUCUCGAUCGUCCAAUGUUACGCCCCAACCAAUGCAGCACAGGAGGAUAUCAAAGAUGACUUUUAUAAUGCUCUCAACGCCACAAUGAAGACCAUAAGGAAGCAAGAUAUCGUACUCGUCAUGGGAGACCUAAACGCAAAGGUUGGCCGCGAUAACACUAACCGCACGCGGCAUAUGGGCACACAGGGACUUGGGGUAUGUAAUGAGAAUGGUGAGCGUUUUAUCGAAUUUUGCCAGAACCACGACCUAACUAUCGGAGGAACAUUAUUUAUUCAUGGGGAUCAUCAUAAAUACACCUGGACAUCACCCGAUGGCGUCACAAGGAACCAGAUUGACCACAUUGCCAUAAGUUCCAAAUGGCGUUCGUCUUUGCUCGAUGUCCGCAACCGUAGGGGAGCCGAUAUUGAUAGCGACCACCAUCUGGUUGUUGCUGAAAUCCGGCUUAAGAUUGCGGUAGCCCAUGCAUAUAGAGGACCUGGCAGAGUUGGAAGAAGAUUCGAGGUGAGCAAGUUGCAUGACCCAGGGACGCGAAAAUCGUUCCAACUGGAAUUGCGCAAUCGUUUUGCCACACUUGAAGCAGCGGUAGACUCACUGGACGAGGAGUGGAACCGCAUUAAAGUGGCCUACACAGAGACCAGCUCCAACGUCUUAGGGCACAAAACGACUCACUCACGAGAGGACUGGAUGUCGCAACGCACAUGGGAUCUGAUCGAGGACAGGAGAAAACUUCAUCUGAAGCUUCUUGAGACUCACAACGACACUGUUCGAGCCGAUCUUAACACGCAAUACCGUCAAAAGCGCAAGGAAAUCUACCGCAGUACCCGCAGGGAUAGGCGACAGUGGGCUGACGGUUACUUCCUGUGGAGAGGGGAAUACUACCUGCAGGUGAACGGAGUGGCUAUGGGGUCGCCACUGGCGCCGGUGGUGGCUAACAUCUACAUGGAGUGGUUUGAGGGUCAGGCCUUGGCAUCCGCCCCGGUACGACCGCGACAUUGGUGGAGGUAUGUUGAUGACGUGUUCGCGAUCGUCAACCGGGAACAUGUGGCUGAAUUUGUGGGACACUUGAACUCAGUGCACGGCAGUAUACAAUUCACCACUGAAGAAGAGAGAGAAGGGAUGUUGCCGUUCUUGGAUGUCCUCAUGACAGAACCCGGAAAAACUGUAUCCGAAAAGAAAAUUAAUGAUGACCCACCCAUAUUCAAUAAUUUCCCUCAUUCAUCGAAAAACUCUUAA